GGGCCGGCGCAUUCCAAGAUGGCGGCGGUGGCGGGCGGGUCGCGGCGCUGGGACCCGGCGGCGCUGGGGCUGGACCCGUCCUGGCGCCUCACGGCCUACGGCGAGCUGCGCGGCUGAGGCUGCAAAGUCCCGCAGGAGACGCUGCUCAAGCUCCUGGCGGGACUGGAGGGGCAGCGCCCGGGAGGAGGAGGCGGAGGGGAAGGGGCGGAAGCGGAGAGCGGCGGGGCCCCGGCGCUGGGCAUCGGGCUGGACUCGUGUGUGAUCCCGCUGCGGCACGGGGGGCUCUCGCUGGUGCAGACCACCGACUUCUUCUACCCCAUCAUCGAUGACCCCUACAUGAUGGGCCGCAUCGCCUGUGCCAACGUGCUGAGUGACCUGUACGCCAUGGGGGUGACAGAGUGUGACAAUGUCCUGAUGCUGCUGAGCGUCAGCCAGCGCAUGAGCGAGGAGGAGAGGGACAAGGUGAUGCCGCUGAUCAUCCAGGGCUUCCGGGACGCGGCCGAGGACGGGGGGACGUCGGUGACAGGGGGACACACCGUGCUCAACCCCUGGGUCAUCGUGGGGGGCGUGGCCACCGCUGUCUGCCAAUCCAGCGAGUUCAUCAUGCCGGACAGCGCCGUGCCUGGGGACGUGCUGGUGCUGACCAAGCCCCUGGGGACACACAUGGCUGUCACCGCCCACCAGUGGCUGGACAUGCCCGAGCGCUGGAACAAGAUCAAGCUGGUGGUGACACGCGAGGAGGUGGAGCUGGCCUACCAGGAGGCCGUGGCCAGCAUGGCCACCCUGAACCGUACCGCCGCAGGGCUGAUGCGAGCCUUCGGGGCGCACGCGGCCACCGACGUGACGGGUUUCGGGGUGCUGGGGCACGCGCGGGCGCUGGCGGCGCAGCAGCGCCUGGACGUGGCCUUCGUCAUCCACAACCUGCCCAUCAUCGCCUGCAUGGCCGCCGUCAGCCGGGCCUGCGGGGGCCGCGGGGGGCUGCUGCAGGGCACCGCGCCCGAGACCUCGGGGGGGCUGCUGGUGGUGCUGCCGCGGGCCCAGGCCGCGCGGUUCAGGGCUGGGGGGCUGCUGGUGGUGCUGCCGCGGGCCCAGGCCGCGCGGUUCUGCGCGGAGCUGAAGGCGCCGGGGCGCGGCGCGGGGCUGCAGGCCUGGAUCGUGGGCGUGGUGGAGAAGGGGCCCCGCGGCGCCCGGGUCAUCGACAAACCCCGCGUGAUCGAGGUGCCCCCCCGAGGGGCCCCCCGAAAACCCCAAAGGGACCCCAAAGAAAACCCCAAAGGUGGCUCAGAGCCACCCCGAGCCCCCUGCUAG